AUGAGUUCUAAAAAGAUUCUUUUCCUUCAUGGUUAUGCUCAAUCAGCUUCAAUCUUUAGUGCCAAAACAGGUGGUCUUCGUAAAGCUUUAAAGAAACAAGGUUAUGAUUCACAUUAUGUUAAUGGUUCUUUAGCACUUAAAGGUGAUAUGCUUCAUGAUUCUACUGAUGAAGAUCUUGAUCUAUACGGAUGGUGGGUUUAUGGUAUGAAAGAUUAUGAUAUUCAACCUGCAUUAGAUCAAGUAUUGGAAGAAGCUAAGAAACAUGGUGAUGAAGUUGAAGGUAUAAUUGGAUUUAGUCAAGGUGGUGGUUUAAGUGGUGCAAUUGCAGCACAAUACAAAAAAUAUAUACCUUCUUUAAAAUGGGCUGUAUUCUUUAGUGGAUUUAGAUUAAUGCCUCAAAGAUUUGAUAGUUGGUAUGAACCAAAGAUAGAAUUACCAACUUUACAUGUUUUAGGUGAAUUAGAUACCGUUGUUGAAGAAAGUCGUGUUUUGAAAUUAUAUGAUGCAAGUCAAGAUGAGAAAAGAACUCUAUUAAAACAUCAAGGUGGUCAUUAUGUACCGAAUAACAAGGAUUUUGUCAAUAAGAUCGUUGCUUGGAUUAUAGAUGCUACUAAAGAAAAAGAACCAGAGUCAACAAAGAAAGAUGAUGAUGAUGGAAUUGAUGAUGACCUACUAGCAGCUAUAGAUAAUAUUGGUAAGAAAUGA